AGGGCCCUAAUUUAAAUCCAGCGAGAUGGUGCGACGCCCGCGCUCUGUUUGAAGUGUAAUUUCCAUAAAGACCCACCAUGACAUCCUCCUUCGAGCGGCGCUACGCCACAGACUACCCGGGCUUGGUGAGGUCGUGGGACCAGAGGAAGACCCUGCGACCUCCGCCCUACCAAUUCGCCUGGAAAAAGCAUGUGGAAGAAGGUGUGGCCAUCGGGGAUCCGAAAGCCGCGCAGGACCUUUCCGACUCAGAUCUGAUGUGUGGGCACCCGGGGUACGGAAAAACGCCAACUAACGGUCGUGCCAAAAAGAACGCAGCGGACAAGGACACGAGCAAGGGUGAAAAGAAUUCCAACAACUGCCAAGCUAGCGACGCGAAAACCGUACAAAACGACACCGACAACGUAUCUUGAGUAAAAACGUCCCCACACCAGAGUCUAGAUGGGGACUUUGCAACACAAACCGUGAAGCUUUGGAAGCCCUGCAUGACAAAUUUCAGGCUGUAGUGUAGUGCAGUUUAGCAAGGGAAGUCGCAUUACAAAUCCAUGUGCUUCUCCUGUUUACAGCAUUACAUACAAGUUCCAAAACACGAUCGGAAAUGCCUAUCAUGGGGAUGCGCAUUACAAAUGCGCUCGCGCUUGCAGAUCUGCAUCACAACUCUGGGGUGGGGAUGUUUUUACACAGGAUACAACGAGUUCCUUGAAACGCACGAGCCGCCCUGCUUCCUCGGCGACUUCAACGACAAAACCAACAAAUAUCUCCCUCCCUGGGUGGACUUCGAGGCCGUCACCCGGGGGCAAAGACUCUGGAACAAGCACCUCCUCCGCGCCGCCAUGAGCCUCGGGAUGUCGCUCCUCGUCGGUUUGUCUGUGGCGCGGUUCAGCGAAAUUUUAGAAUACAGCGGCUACAGCUCCAGCCCCAUGGCGGCGAUUCUGCGGUACCGGCAGACGUUUUUCCGGUGGCUGGACUGGUUCCGGUUUGAGGACGUGAAAGGAGCAGACUCGCGGUUUCGCAAGAGUGCAUUUGCGGUAAGGAAAGUGCACGAGUUUGUGCGGAGAAAAGCGAUGCAGCAAGAGAACAUAAUGAUGACGAACUCGAAGAACAGCAGUACUAGUACCAACGACGUAUCAGUCCAGGGUGCAGUUGACAUCAGUCCCGCGGCUACUUCUACCCAGGAGCGUCAACCCCGGAAGUCCAAGCGCUACUACAAUGAAGAACAGGAGAAGAACAUCGGCAUUCCUCUUUCCCAAUACGACGUAGCGGAGGUGCAACUGGUGUUUUCCGGCCUGUGCAUCAGCAUUUUCGAAGCCGAGCUGUCGUUCAACUAUCAAAUGCAAAUAUGUCUGGGUCUGGAAGAAUGCAACUUGUGAUGCUGCAGUUGGAUUCCAGAAGAAUCUGUAUCGCAUGAGUACCAAAAGGAAUGUAAUAUUUGCUACGCGGAGAGGGCAUUUGUCAUGCGGAAUAGGCACCAAGAAGCUCUCAAAAAAUCUAGCAUGCUAGAACAUGCAUCACAGACAUCAGGGCUCAUGCAAAACGUGCAUGACAAGUGUCAGAAUCUUCGAGACCCAGACAUUUUUACAGUUGAUAUCAACCAGGAGAAGGCGAAACUCUCGAAACAGGACAAGGAAGACAUGGUUCACUGCUGGCGGUUCAUCGGCUAUUUGCUCGGGAUUCAGGAUGACUUAUCACGAGAAAAAAGUGUUACACUUACACUUUUGUCGGAGUUUCUGCAUCACAAAUUUUCUCUGUGUGGCAGCGAAAACUUGUGAUGCGAAGAUAAUAAGGGAAAACAGGAAGGAAACGAGGCUCCCAAGCAUUUCCUGCAUGAGAGAGGUUGUCUUUGUUGCCGGUCUUGCAACACAAUGUGUAAAUGUAACACUUUUUUCUUGCGAAAUGACUACAAUGUGUGCGAGUCCGUGGAGAAAAUGAACGAAUACCUCGAAGAGUUUCUCGUCUUCAUUAUCGCAAGAAAAAACUGUUUCACUGUAAACUUGUAAUGCAGAAAAUGCAUCUGAGAAGUGUUUCUCUUGCUACACAUGCAAGACAAUAGAUUUUUAGCUGUGUUUUCCGUUGGGAAUCGCGCAUGGCAAAUUUUCCCUGUGAUGUAGAACAAACUUGUGAUGCAAAACUUGCAAAAUCCUUACAGUGAAACACUUUUUCCGUACGAUAUUCAUGCCGCAGCGGUUGAACACCGCGAGAAACUCGGCUUUCCGGCUCCGCGACGCCGCGAUUACUGGUUUCGGGUGGUGGAGCGGGCUGGGCGUGGGGUUCUACAAGGGCAUGUUUUUGCUCGCGUGCGAAUCCGAGCGCUUGAUGGGCGGAAAGAAACGGAUCGCAGUGAAGGAUAGCACAAAUUCGCCAGUUAGAGCAGGAAGUACGAUGAACAGUAGAAGAAGCAGCGUUACGAAAACGCCGGGGCGCGAAGACUCGCAGCAGCUCACGGACGGCCAGGUCAACUACAACAUCAAGGACGAGAUGAUAAAGAGUCCUUGGAAAGAAACGCAUUCGCCAACGAGUCGCGUCGUUGAAGAUUCCGAACUGUCCACGUACACGGAUUGUGCGGGGUUCGGAGACGUUUUGUGGCACCGCGAGCUCGUCCGUUUCUACCUCCGGUAUAUUUGCUCGGUGACCGUAAGGCCGCAAAUCAUCGGCAAGCAGCGGGACUUGCAGUUCACCAACCCGGAAUUGGCCUGGAAACGAGUGCAAUUCAACUGCAAGUUUGCGAAGUGGGUCGACUUUCUGUUCUGGCAAAGCUUGCGGUCCUGGGCUUGCGUCGGCAGUGUCGGGGUCGCGGCGAGUGGGGCGUAUCUGGCUUUCUGGAAAAACUGGAGAGACGCAAUCGCGGCAGGAGACACAGUAACUGCGUACUUCCUCCCAAAGACCAGCGCGAACUUGUGGUUAACACUAGGAACGCUAGCGUGCUCGUGUUUCGCAUUGCUCAAACUCAAGCUCUUCACCGCAAGUUCAGGCGGAACGUUUUCGUAGUCAUGAAAAUGAAACUCAUUGCAUUCCACAUCAUAAGUGCUGUGCCUGGGCCUGCGCCCAACUUCUCUGCUGAACGCAUCACCAUAUAAUUACCGUUACUGCUCAUUUCAACUAAAAUAAGCGGAGAUCCCGCGCAUCAAAUAUCGAUAUGCUCAUUGUAUUCAGCUGGCUGUCUUUGCCCUGUUCAG